UUUGACAAUGAAAGCGCAUAUUUUUAGUCAAAAAACAUUACACGAUUUCUACCUGUUCAGAGUUAAAUGGUUAAAUGUAGGCCUAUAUUUGUGAUGCCCUAUAGAAUCCUCAGAAUCCCCCACAGUGCAGGAGCCGAGAGAGAGAAGUAGCGCCUGGCUUUGGCGCGAUUAUUCAUUCUGUUACGUGUGUGCGUGCGAGAGGGGAAGAGUGAACAAGUCAAAGAGAGCAAGUGAGUUUAGUGGGCAAAGGCACCAGACAUCAGACAAGACAUCAACUAUCUAUAAGAGCAUCCAAGAGAACCUUUUGCAAUGCCGCGCUCCUUCCUGGUCAAGAGCAAAAGGGUGUGGUCUCGCACCCGCCGCCUCAGCCACCACUGCCGCCCUCCGCUGAGGGACGGCCCCCUGCCCCUCAGUCCACUCCAGGAAAUCAAGAGGCUACCUGGAAGUCCUGCCCCAGAUCACGUGGUCAGGAAGCUGUACGCGGAGCCGGCAGAGGACUUUAAUGCCCUAACCAACGCCCCCAUGACAACUGCUCUUGGUCUUGGCCCAAAAGCCAAUUCCAACUGGAACACAUUGCCCUUAGGAGUGCCCAGGUGCCCCAUGAAUGAGCCGGAGCAGUCGGAGGUGAUGUGGUCCCCGUACGGGCCGCCAGGUUUGGAGCGGGAGAUGGAGCUGGAGAGGCUGGUCCAUGCCCUCCUCACCUACAGACAGCACGUCGACCCCAACGCCCCGCUGUGUGAGUGCCCCCUCUGUGAGAAGGUCCUCUCCUCUGCGGUGGGCCUGGUGACUCAUCUGCGAAGGUCACAUGUCAGCAGAAUCCCUCUCCCAUUGGCUGGUUCAGCCUACUAUUCCGACCAGGCGUAUGGCUUCCAGAGAGCCCCAGGCCUCUACAGCAAGCCCAAGGAGCGCAGUUUUGCCUGUAAGGUGUGUGGUAAGGUGUUCAAGCGUUCCUCCACGCUCUCCACCCACCUCCUGAUCCACUCGGACACACGCCCCUAUCCAUGCCAGUACUGUGGCAAGAGGUUUCAUCAGAAGUCCGACAUGAAGAAGCACACCUUUAUACACACAGGAGAGAAGCCGCAUGUGUGUGUGGUGUGUGGGAAAGCCUUCAGCCAGAGCUCCAAUCUCAUCACCCACAGCCGCAAGCACAACGGCUACCGGCCCUUCGCCUGCCGCCACUGCCCCCGCUCCUUCCAGCGCAAGGUGGAGCUCCAGCGCCACCUGGAGACACACUGUGGCAACAGCAGCAGCAGCUGCAGCAGCCACAGCAGCAGUGGCAGCAACAACGGCCUCACCCACAAUAGUGUCGGGAGCUUGGCAGCCUGCAACUCCUACACACAUAACUGACAACUACUGACAAGGGGUGGUGAUAAGUAGUAAACCAGUCGUAAACCAGAGCAGAACUUCUUCAAGGAAAGAGUUAACGACCCAGGGUGUUGCUUCCUGAUUUUCUGUGAGGAGGGUGAUAAAAAUGCCAUGCCCUGAAGGGAAACUAGUGUUUUUGAGGCCCGAUUCCAUUGAUAGAAAUGUUUGGAAAAGCUGUAGGGUAGGGCUUUGUAUACAACCUGCAUCUCCGGUGCUCGGGCCAUAGUUGUUGAUGUAAAUAGUGUUCCUGUCAUUGUUGGUCUUUAUAAUGGGUGUAGUUUAUGGGGUGGAAGGUGGGGACAUGCCCAUUACAAGUUCACGAAAAGUUUCCCCACCACUUUUUCUACAAUUAUAGUAUAGUGUAUAGAUUAGAUUAAUCAAAUAUAAAAAUAUUAUCCCCUGAGAGUUUGUCCCCACCACUUUCCAUACCAAACCUACAGUACACUCUUCAAAUCUUACUUACUAACGCCUCCCAGCUCCCAACUAGGGGUGUAAAUAACAAUCGAUAUGUAUUGAUGCAUGGAUCCUAUGGAUGACGAUCGAAUAGAAUUGUAUCGUGGAGUGUUCUUAAGUAUCGAAAAUAAUUAAAUUGCUGGCCCCUGCCCAAUGCCCUAGCUCCAUAACAUAAUAGGAGUGGAAAAGUAAUUGGGAAAAAAUCGAAUCGAAACGUGUCGUAUCAUGGGGCCAUUCUUAAGUAUAGAAAAUAAUCUAAUUGCUGCCACAAGAAAUCGAUAUCGAAUUGUAUCCUUCUACCAACCCUGCCUGUAUUCCAACCUUAAUUUUGUGCAGCACAAGUACAGGUACUCAGACACAAUGUAUCUUUAUAUGUAAAAGAAGCACAGCACAGUCACCGCUGUGUGAGCUGUUAUUUGCUUCCAAAAGUGACUCUCUGUUGUGAUGAUGAGUAAUGACAAAUAAGAAUGUUGAAUUUCAGCUCUGUGUGUUUCUCAUUUCUUGUGGGUUGCACUGGUACGCCUUUGAUUCCAUUCCACCCCGAGGUACUAUUGUGUGUCUUUGUUGUGUGUGUGGGUGCACAACAAAUAUAUAAACCUUCUUGUGCUAGGGAUGCCA